UGUUCCCACACGUAGUGCACUAUCGUUGCGACCAAGGGUUGGGAGUGUGCGGAAGGUGCAGGAGAUACGAUUGCCUGUGGAAAAGGUGACGUUUGACUUGUACUGCUGCAGUUCGUGCGGUGAAGGUGCUCCCACAAUGCGGUUAGGAUAUUACAAGUGGACUUGCAGGUGGGAAUCUCAAUAACUGUAAUGCCAAACUCACAGAAUUACUUUAUUCAUCAGAGCCUGGAUAUCCGCAUUGUGUCAAACAGAAAAGCGGCUGCAGACCUCAGGCGCUGAAACGCCCUGGGCUACCACUGCCAUCUUUACUGGGGACAAGGUACAGCAGCGCACAUACAUAUGCUUCUCAUCUCUAGGUUGAUGUACAGUGAACAAAUUCAAAUGAAACUGCAUCCAGAUGUGGCAGUCACUAUUUAUCACAACCUACUUAUCUCAGGAUUUUGAAUGUUGAAAGAAAGAGCACCAUUCACACUGGGGAGAAGCCCACAUACUCUGUGUUUGGAGCAUUCUGUGAAGAUUCAUCUGAAAUGUCCAAACACCAACACAGUCACAUUGGGGAGAGACUGUGGAAAUGUGGGGAUUGCGGGAAGGCAUUUCUUUACCCAUCCCAGCUGGAAACUCAUCAGCGCAGCCACACUGGGGUGAAGCCAUUCACCUGCUCUGAUUGUGGGAAGGGAUUCACUCAGUCAUCCAGCCUGCUCAAACACCAACGAAUUCAUACUGGAGAGAGACCAUUUGCCUGUUCUGAAUGUGGGAAAGCAUUCAUUCACUCAUCUCACCUACAGAGACACCAGCGAGUUCACACUGGAGAGAAACCAUUCAUCUGCUCUGAUUGUGGGAUGAGAUUUGCUCAGUCAUCCAGCCUGCUCAAACAUCAGCACAUUCACACUGGGGAGAGACCGUUCACUUGCUCUGAUUGUGGGAAAGGAUUCACUCAUUCAUCUAACCUUCUGAGACACCAACGAGUUCACACUGGGGAGAAACCAUUCAUCUGCUCCCAGUGUGGGAAGGGAUUCACUCGGCCAUCUGGCCUGCUGAGACACCACCGAGUUCACUCCAGGGAGAGACCAUUCAUUUGCUCUGAAUGUGGGAAAGGAUUCACUCACUCAUCUAACUUACUGUUACAUCAGCGAGUUCACGCUGGAGAGAAAUCAUUCACCUGUUCUGAGUGUGGGAGGAGAUUCACUUGGUCAUUCAACCUGCUGGCACACCAGCGGGUUCACACUGGAGAGAGACCAUUCACCUGUUCUGAGUGUGGUAAAGGAUUCACUAGAUCAUCCAACUUGCUGACACACCAGAGAGUCCACACUGGGGAGAGACCAUUCACCUGCUGUGUGUGUGGGAAGGAAUUCUCACGGUCAUCCGGACUGUUAACGCAUCAGCGAAUUCACCACAAACCGCAGUCAAAAGAUUUUGUUCUUAUUCCCACCAAGGAAUGAACCAUGGUCUUUGGGCUAUUUGUACUGAUGUUAUUAAUCCCUGCUCAAUUAAAGGCACUGAUAUUGUUGAUAAAAUGUUAAUAACAUUUCUGUAUCUGUAGGGUAGGUUUUGGAAAUGAUCACAUCUUCAUCUCACUGGGUAAAGAUUGUCCACCUGCACAGUGUGUGAAGAGUGAUUUCCUGGUCCAUCAAGACUAGUUAACUACCAGUGAAUUUCUGAGAACUGUAGGAAUUGGUUUUUUGAUCCUACUGUUAUUUAUAUCCAAACCAUGUUUUCUGGGCCUGGUUCUGAUGUUCUUAGAUAACCAGACAUGUGGUGUUUGCAAUUUUGGAGAAAAAUGAUAUAAAUCAGCUUUUUGUUAAAA